UGCUGUAAGAAAAGCAACUGCUUCAUCCAGACAGUGUGAAGUGAAAUGCUGUGGAUUUGGAGGAACACACAUGACAGGAAAGGAGCGCUGGACUGUGAGACAUUACAUCAGCAACAACAGCUGAUAGUUAUUUGUUUUUUUUAAUGAUCGUGCAGAUUGUGAUGGGGAAAAUAAACAGUUGACACGGUUAAAAUCGAUUCUGAGGGGCGUUAUCUUCUCAAAGUCUUGUUUUUUUUUUUCCUAAAUCAUGCCACGUUGAGAUUACGCAUGUGAUGGGGCUGAGCAAACACUAAGAUCACCCUCCUCCGCGGCUCAAACUGAGGGAGGACUCGCCGAAAAGUUAUCAGACUUUGUCUUUUUCUUUCACCGCAAACACCUUGUUUUUCCACGCUUGUGCGUCUUUUUUCGACUCCGUGCGUCGGCGCGCCCCAGCAUGCUGCUGCUGCUGCUGCUGCUGGACACUGGACACUGACGCAUGAGGAAUGGCAUCGGCUGUGUUUGAGGGGACAUCGCUGGUCAACAUGUUUGUCCGGGACUGCUGGGUCAACGGCAUCCGGAGACUGAUCAUCAGCCAGCGCGGAGAGGAAGAGGAGUUCUUCGAGAUCCGGACCGAGUGGUCAGACAGGAACAUUCUAUACUUGCACCGGAGUUAUUCCGAUCUGGGUCGGCUCUUUAAAAGACUUGUAGAGUCCUUCCCCGAGGACAGAAGAGACCUCUCCAAGUGUCCACUCAUUGAAGGGCUGGUAAAAAUCAAAGAGGCAAAUGACAUUGAGGAGAAACUGAAUGAGGUGGAAAGACUACUGAAGAACGCUAUAAACAUGCCAUGCAAGUAUUCCAGGUCAGAGGUCAUGUUGACGUUCUUCGAGCGGUCACCACUGGACCAGGUGCUGAGGAACGACAAAGUCCACAGAAUCCAGCCGUGUUUUCAGAGUCCAAUCAAGAUAUCAGAAAUCAUGCGGUCCAAUGGAUUCUGCCUGGCCAAUACAGAGACCAUCGUGUUCGAUCACAGUAUCCCUGAGGAAAAGGAGAGACCCUCAUCUACAGACUCUGUGGAGCACACGUAUGAGGACGGAUCAGAGUUUUUGCCGAUGGAAGCAGAUGUGUGCGAUGAGGAAACGGAGGCGUAUGUCACCAACCUUUCCUACUACCAUCUGGUCCCAUUUGAGACGGACAUCCUGGAAUGAGGAAUUUACACAACAUGCCACUGCAAGUGGAGAGUGGAUGUUGUGACUGAGGAACACACACAUUCUUAAAUGGAUACAAGCUAUGCACAUAGCUGCUCCGAGAUGCUGCUGCUGCUGCUGCUGUGUAGUGUAGUGUAGCAUCCUCAAAGGUCGCUUAAGGUUUUACAGGUCAUGUCAGAGUCGGGCGGAUGAACAGAAUGCACCGAAACGUUGAAAGAAUUCAACAGCAAAACAGUUUUUCCUCGAUAUCACCAGUGUGCCUCAUCCAUGGCCUUAUUUGAGUAUGAAAACAAAUCAGAGCUAAGGCUUUCAGCUGAUGCAGUGCAACCUCUGGCAGCCACUUUUAAAGGCCUGCAAUUGUUUGGACCACUUAUUCAUACUUUGUAUGAAUUUACCAGCUCUUUUUCUUUUUUUUAAAUGUGUUUGUCUUUAGUGUUUAACUAAGUGGUGCCUCUACUUUAGUCCACUUUUGUCAAUAUUGAGAUAGGAGAUCUGCUUCUUCUCUUUUCAGUUUUCCCUUCAAGGUUUUUCUCCACAGUGAUGCAACCCUGCUGUCAUGAAGCUCAGUGUAUGAUGUUUAUUCAUGGUGUAUUUUCCACCAGCAUUUAAAAAGUAUUUUCUUUUGUGUGUGGACCAACUUAAAAUAAAUCAUUUUAUUAAAUUGCCUUAAUAUGCAGUAGAUACUUUGGUGAAAGUAGGUAAGAAACAGAUGUUUUCGUAGUCAAAUUUAGCUACCUCUAAGCUAAAUGAAUAAAAAACUAUAUGAAUUUUAAGAUAAAAGUAUUUUUUUUGUGACUUAAAAGCUGCUGUUAAUUAUUCUUUGUAGGUGCAUGCUUCCCUUUCAUGUGGUUCAUGGACCGCUCUCUGUUUAAAGUGCCAUUUUCGUGUUUUGUUUUUAAUGACACAUUUAAUACCGCGUUUUGAAUGUCAUUACAACGUUUUGACUGAAUGAUGUGUGUGUAUUGUUGCAUAUAAUUGUGGCUUGUUUCUGUUGAUAGUAAAGCCAUAAUUUAACAUAUCGGAGCAGAGAAUGAGUGUUGACGUUCUGUGGGUAAGUGAAUUGUUUGUCUGCCAUUUUUGCAGUUUUCUGAUGAGUGAUGAAACGGGGAAAAGGAAUCUUUGUUUAAAUGGGUAAGAUGAUGGGAGUGGAUUCCUCUCAGACAAUUGACUCUGAAUGUGGGAGUCUGUGAAGGAGGCACACAUUCUUAUUUUCUUCUUAUACGACAAACUUGCUGUACUAUCUAUUGGAAAAGGGUGGACUAGGCAAACAUUAAAAUUUCCGUCUUUUGUGUGUUUUACGGCUGCUCACACAACACAUAACUGUUUUCACUUCUGUCAGUGAAACUGUGGAACAAAGUAAAGCAUUAUGGGUUUUGAAUGCAACUGAAAUGUCAAUAAUACAUUAUUUGUGUAGCAUCAAGUGUAAGACAUUCCAUGUGAAUUCAUUGUUUCGGCAGUGUCGCCACCGCUGAGGUCAUUGUGGCUCGACAAUGCAGGCGAACAGCUUGUGUCCAGUUUUCUACACUCCUAAAUACAAAGGCAUUCAGCCUGCGCACUCUUGGCACACAGGACUUCUACGGGACAGUCCUCUGCAUGAGGCUGUUUUGUAACACAGUCAUGAUCACUAUGCACCCCCGUGAGAAAGUACAGCUCCUUCUCAGUGUGUGAAACCAUUUCAUGCUCUUUCCCCCGUCUUUCUUGUCUGAUGUCUUGAAUUGAUGGAUAUUCUUUGAACAUAGAGGUUUCUGUUGUAGAAAACAGCAUGGAUUAAGGCAUUGAUUAAGAUGAUUCGGUAACAAGGAACUCGGAUUUGUCAUUUAAAUGUAGGUCAAAUUUACUCUAAAUAAAGAGCCGCUCUAAUUGUCCUUAUAUGAGCUUGUAUUCAAAGAUAAAUGUCUACUCUCUUCUGCAGUCAGUGCUUUAUAAAUAAGCUGCCACAGUUUCCAUGAAGUUGUGACUAAAAUCCCCGAAAGGCUGGUACUCAGUUUUUUGUUUAAUUUAUUUGUAAACUCCAGCCAUACUCUGUGAAGCCAACCAUUCUUCUUCACUUUUCUUUUAACACUUUUCUAUGUUAAUUUUUUAAUGUUUUUUUUUUGCAUGUGAUGUUCUGGUGUGUAAAUGUGGUUAAAAAAAAAAAGAAGACGAAAAGACUGACUGAAAUAAAGUGUAUGUUUGAUAACUUUA